AGGCAAGGUAGAUAAAGGAAAUUUCGCAAUAUUCAAUACCCGAACGUGAACCGGCAGAAUAAACAAAAGGAGAUAAAGGAAAUUUCGCAAUAUUCAAUACUGUAUCUGAACAAACCGGCAAAAUAAAAAAAAAAAGCUAACUCCCACAAGCUGCUGUAUAUAGGUAUAAUAUGUCCCUGACCUUCGGAACGUCCCUGUGAAUGGAAAUAUACAGGUAGUGAUUGACUCGGUUCCGUGAUUUGUUCAGCUAUAUAUUCCUGAUAUUCUACUCUCUGUGCAGUGGCUGCUAUCUGUUGGAGAGGAUAAUAAAAGUACAUGUAGCCAUGUCUGACUUUGGGGAUAUCGGGGAUUGCGGUGAUGGAGAUUGUGAUUGUGGCGAUUGUGAUUGUGGGAGCUGUGAUUGUGACUUUGACUGUUGUGACUGUGAUUGUGACUGUUGUGACUGUGAUUGUGACUGUUGUGACGACUGUUGUGAUUGCAGUAAAUGUGAAUGCGAAAAUUGGUUUAAAUGUGGUUGCUGUGGAGGUGAUGAUAGAUGUUGCAGGAGUGAUCCCGUUGAUGAUGACGAUAGCGUAGAUGUCCGUUGCGGGCAUAGAAACUCAAAGGGUUGUGGCUGGAGCUUCUGUUUUAGUGUAACGGAUGAUGAUUGCUGUGAUAUCAAAGGCCGACGACGGCGACGAAAUCAGAGAAGGUAUGAAUUGGAGCGGAGACGUCAGAUGGAGACUCAAGGACCGAGCGUCAUUGUUACUAUCAUUGAUGCACCCACUAAUCAGGUCCCAACUACUGAUUCUGUGUUACCAGCCUCUUCCGACCAGGAACCAAAUAUUGACAACGUGGAGAAACCAACAGCAAUCACAACACAACCACCAUCUUACGAAGAGGCUACUCAGAAAGAACAUGUUGUCACGUCACAACCUACUUGAACAAUCACUAGCAAUGUUCAAAUACUUGUGAAAUAACAAAACGAUAUAAUUUUAAGACAUGUGAUAUUCGUUUUUACUUAGUUGCCAUAUUUACAUUUUCUUUAUCUUUGUACUGUUAUGCUUAAAUGCGUUAUCAAUUAAUAAAUAGUACCGUCAUGUA